ACCUACGGUGAAGGCCGGUGCAGUGGUGCUACCAGAUCACACUGAUAGAGAUAUCUCUGAAUCUUAGAAAAAACCGGCCUUCACCGUAGGUGUUUUUUAGUCUUUCCGGCUUUCACCGGUGAACCGGGGCCCGGUCCGCCGCUUCACCGCUCCACCGUUUCACCGGUCUCAAGCGGUGAAACAGUGACGGUGGAACGGUUUUUGAUCAUCACCGUUGCAUCCCUAAUAUAAAAGUCUGCACGAAAGUUUUAAGAGCAAUCGAGUUAUUAUUUUUAUCCUCAUUGUAUGUGUUGCAAUUUUUAGUAUUCAUCUUUAUAAAAGAUGAAUUAAUAUGUGACACUAUUCUUCGCUAAUUUUAGCAUCAUGUAUCUUGUGAUCCCCUUGGUUUUGAUACAUUGGAUCGUGUAGAUUGUACAAAAACUGAACAGUAAAUUAAAGGUUUACAUAAACAAUAUGUGUCACCAUCGACAAAUUCUAAUUCGCUUGAUAUUGGCUUUACUACAGGAACUGAAUGCCAGCCGAAAUCGAGUUUAUUACAAAGUUUUCAUUCAUCAUCAGGUAAACGUCAACCAUGUAUUGUCUAA